UAAUAGAAUUGUCAACUUAUACAACGUGGCUUCCAGCCUCUUUCUCUCCCCUCUCAAUCCUGCACCCCUCUACUCUCCAGGAUAUUAAGACCUGAGAGCUAAACAAGUCCACUGUCCAGCCUCUCUCUCUCUCUCUCUAAUAACUCUAACAGCAUAAUUGCAAGAAACCUCGCUGGUUGCAAUAUUGCCACAUGCUUAUAUUGUAGUGGUCGUUGAUUAGAGAAACUCUACAUUUAUUGAUGAAUAUUGACGACGACAUGAUGCCCAGUACUGAGUCAUAUAGCCCAACAUCCACCGAAACGUACUCAGUGUCUCCACCACAGCAAAUGGAUCUGACUGACUCUAGCUCAGCUGAGGAUUUUCAAGUAUAUGAACCCAGGAUAUUUACAUUUGAAGAACUAGCAAUUGCAACUCGUCAUUUCUCCAACAAGGAACUCCUUGGCAUUGGUGAUUUUGGUGAUGUCUAUAAGGGAUACCUUCCAAGUGGUGAGGUCAUUGCUAUUAAGAAACUUAAAUAUAAGCAGGGAGGACAACAGGAAGAAGAAUUCAAGAAUCAGAUUAAGGACUUUGGCUUUGUGUCUCACCCAAAUCUUGUUAAGCUGGUUGGCUACUGCGGUGAAGAAGCAGAUAGAUUGCUUGUUUCAGAGUUUGUUCCCAACAAAUCUUUGAGAUUUCAUCUAAGCGAUGCAAAGCAAAGAUCAAAUUUGAAGUGGUCAAAAAGAAUGCAAAUUGCCAUAGACUCUGCGAAAGGUUUGGCAUAUCUACAUGAAAAAUGUAAUCCUAAAAUCAUCCAUCAAGACAUCAAGUCAGAUAACAUUCUUCUAGAUAAUGACUUUAAACCAAAGGUUGCAGAUUUUGGGCUCGCUAAAUUCUUUUCAGAAAUUGAUAUCAGACAAAUCCCCGUUGAUAAAAAAGAAGCUAGCAUUUAUAAAGAUUCAGAAAAUUCUCAUUUUGAUGAAAGUUCAGAUGUUUAUUCCUUUGGUGUUUUGUUACUAGAGCUUAUUAGUGGAAGAAAAAUUUAUGAAGGCCAUAUUAGUAUUGUGAAUUGGGCAAGGCCUCUAAUGAUCAACGGGGAUUCAGUUAAUGUUAAUUAUAAUAGUCUUGUUGAUUCUACAUUGGAAGGAGACUACAAUAAAAGUGAAAUGGAACGAGUAAUUUAUUGUGCUGCUGCUAGCGUAUAUAGUAAAUUCUCAAGGUAUCGGCCAACAAUGGAACAGAUGGUUAGAACUCUCGAAGGAAAAAUGACUCAUAAGAAAUUAUGGGUUGUUGAAGAAACGCAAUCAUCUAAGGAUUAUGAAGCAUAUGAACUGAGGACAUUUACAUUUCCAGAACUAGCAAAUGCAACUGGUCAUUUCACCAACGCCAGACUCCUUGGUGGUGGUGGUUUUGGUACUGUCUAUAGGGGAUCCCUUUCAAGAGAUAUAGACGUAGCUAUUAAGAAACUUAAUUUUGAGCUUGAUGGACAGCAGAAAGAAGAAUUUGAGAAGGAGGUUAAUGCCGUUGGCAUUGUGCGUCACAGAAAUCUUGUUAAGCUGGUUGGCUACUGCAGUGAAAAAUUCGACAGAUUGCUUGUUUUAGAGUUUGUUCCCAACAAAUCCUUGAGAUCUCAUCUAAAUGAUGAAGAGCGAAGAUCAAAUUUGAAGUGGUCAGAAAGAAUGAAAAUUGCCAUAGGUUCUGCAAAAGGGUUGGCUUAUCUGCAUGAAGAAUGUAAUUCUAAAAUCAUCCACCGAGAUAUCAAAGCAGAAAAUAUACUUCUUGAUAAUAAUUAUAAACCAAAGAUUGCGGAUUUUGGACUUGCCAAGUUUUUUCCAGAAACGAAUAGUGUCACUCACAUCAGCUCUUGUUGGAAGGGAACCAAUGUUUAUGCAGAUCCAGAAAAUUAUUAUCCUCAAAAGGGUGAAAAUAUUCUUCAAAAAAUUUCUGAAAAGUCAGAUGUUUAUUCCUUCGGUGUUGUGCUUCUAGAACUUAUUACUGGGAGAAAAAUUUUCGACGAACAUCAAGUUGAUAUUGUCAAUUGGGCAAAGCCUUUGAUGAUCAAAGGAGAUUCAGUUGAAAUCGAAUACAGUUGUCUUGUUGAUUCCCUAUUGAGAAGAGACUACAUAAAAAGUGAAAUGAAAUUAAUGAUUUAUUGUGCUGCUGCCAGCUUAUAUAGACCUUCUAAACUUCGACCAAGAAUGAAACAGAUAGUUGAAGCUCUUGAAGGAAAAAUACCUUGUAAUGAAUUAUGGGUUGCGGAAGAUAUUAACUACAUAGCCGGAAAGCCAUAUAAACCGGAAAUGAUGAAGCGUCCUUCGUUGCUGAAGAAAUUUGAUUUUGGUGAUCUAGCAACGGCGGCUGGAAGUUUCUCUGGAGCCCACCUUCUUCGACAGCAUGAUUUGUGUCCAGUCUAUGAGGGAGUCCUUCCAAAUAGUGAUCAAAGGGUGGCAAUUAAGAGACUUAGAUACGAGCUCUCUCAACAGCAAAAAGAUGAAUUCAAGAAGGAGAUUAUGGCCAUUAGCAAUGUUUAUCAUCGAAAUAUUGUUAAUCUAAUUGGAUACUGCAGUGACGAUGAUGACAAUAGACUGCUUGUUUUUGAGUUCGUUCCCAACAAUUCCUUGAAAUUUCAUUUACACGAAGGUGGGAGUUCCACAAUAAACUGGUCAAAUAGAAUGAAAAUCGCCGUAGGCUCAGCGAAAGGAUUAAAAUAUAUGCAUGAAGACAGUGGACACAAAAUUUUACAUUUGUAUGUUAAGUCAGAUAAUAUUCUUCUUAAUGAUAAAUUUAUACCAAAGCUUGCAGAGUUUGGAAGUGCCAAGAUUUUCCCGGAUGCUUUAACCCAUCUCUCUAUCAGCCAAAUCAUGAUAAAUUCUGGUUACAUGGCUCCUGAAUAUCAAGCUACCAACAAGCUUACUGAUAAGCUUGACAUUUAUUCCUUUGGUGUAAUUCUUUUGGAGUUGAUUACCGGGAAACAACCUUUUGGUCAUUUCAGUGGGCACACUAACAUGGUUAAAUGGGCUAAGCCCAUGCUCUCAAAAAGUUUGUUCGAAGGCAAGGACAUGUCCAAUUUUGUCGAUGAGGAAUUACAGGGGUGCUAUGACCCUAAACAAAUGGAUCAAAUGGUUGCUUGUGUUUUAGCUUGUGUGCAUGAUGAUCCACAACGUAGGCCACCAAUGAGUCGGAUACUUGAAGUUCUGGAAGGACGUAAAAGUCUGGAAGAAACAAUCCUGUUUCUGAAUCUGAACAACAGAUGACUUAGUUCGAUGGGAAUAAUCCAGCAAACUAGCCUUCAUUCCGGUUAUUCAUUUUCUUUAAAAAUUAAAACUUGCUUGUGUGACGUUAAAAAUUUAAUGGGAAGGUUGUGGUUGCACAAGUUACUCUUUGAGCUUCUUAUCAAAAUUUUCAUUUAAGACUUUAAGAAUAAGAUUUGGAUUUUUUUUUUUUU